AUGGCGGUGACGAUCGCAAAGGAUCACCAGCCCCUGGCCAACGGCAGUGGCGACAGCGGCGAGCUCAAGUCUCGGCCCCGGCGGAUGUCCUCUGCUCGCCGCCGCUCCUGCGAUGUCGUGCCUAGCUCCGGCAUUCACGCAGAUGCCGGCUUCCACCCCGUCGAGCGCAUCCCCACAUACCUGCAGCCCGAGAUCCCCUUGCGCCAGCGGCUGCACCAUUUCACUUUUGCCUGGUACACGGUAACCAUGUCAACAAGCGGCAUCUCACUCGUGAUGGCCUUGACGCCCCAUCGCUUUGAAGGCCUCAACUACAUCGGCCUCGUUCUGUUUAUUUUUGACCUGCUGCUCUUCAUCCUCAUCACCGUCUCUCUCAUCUUCCGCUUCACCAUCCACCGCCACACCUUCCGGAAGGCCCUCACCCACCCGACCGAGGCCCUCUUCAUCUCCACCUUCUUCCUGUCCAUCGCCGCCAUCCUCACCAACAUGGACGAGUACGGCAACAUCUUCCUCGGCGACACGGCCAAGACGGGCCUCUCCAAGUUCCUGCAGGCCGCCUUCUGGAUCUACCUAACCGUCACCUUCCUCUUCUCGGUGCUCAUGUACCACCUGCUCUUCACCGUCAAGGAGGAGCGCCGCCUCACCGUCGACGUCAUGACCCCCGCCUGGAUCCUGCCCAUCUUCCCCGUCAUGCUCGCGGGCACGCUGGCGGGCUCCUUCUCCCGCCAGCUGCCCGCGGGCCAGGCCUUCGCCGUGCUCUGCGCCGGCCUCGCCGCCCAAGGGCUGGGCCUGCUGGUCUCGCUCUUCAUGUACUCGACCUACCUCUCCCGCCUCAUGGCCUACGGCCUCCCCGGCCAGCGGCCCGGUAUGUUCAUCGCCGUGGGCCCGCCGAGCUUCACCUGCGCCGCCCUCGUGGCCAUGGCGGCCGACGUGCCCCGCGUCUUCACGCAGCUGGCCUCGGACUCGUCCGGUUCGGCCGUCGAGCUGUCCGCCCUCACGGGCCGAGGGGACGUGGCCACCCUGGCCGCGGGCGUCCGGCUGCUCGCCAUCGCCGCCUCCAUGUUCCUCUGGGGCCUGAGCUUCUGGUUCCUGGUCUCGGCGCUCGCCGGCGUGGCGAGCGGCAUGCCGGACCGCAAGUUUCAUUUAUCUUGGUGGUCCUUCGUGUUCCCCAACGUCGGCUUCACCAUCGCGACGAUACGCAUGGGCGGCGCCAUCGGGAGCGAGGGCCUGCUGUGGGCCUCUACGGGGAUGACGAUCUGCCUGGUCAUUGUGUGGCUGUUCAUCGUCUUCCGAUGCAUCUUGGCUGUGUUCAGGCGCGAGAUCGUCUGGCCUGGGCACGACGAGGACCAGUGA